AUGGAUGUGUUUUUAGAAAAGCGAGUUUCGAUGAAGCCCCUGAGGCAGUCCAGUGCAGGCGACAGCAGCCAAAUUAGGGUUUAG